AUGAGCAAGGAAAUACACUCAACAGAGAUCAAAGGAAGAGCAAGUAGAAAACAUUUCCCUUAAUUAGAUUUAAGUGACCUUAAGCCAAAAAUCAGUUUCCUUGAUAGUCUAUGUAAUAAUGUAAAAUUCAUGUUGUAGUACAUAAGAAGUAUCAAUUAAAUAAGAAUGUUCAUUAAUAUACAUUGGGAAAAGUGUAUUUGGAAUCUCAAAAAGAGAGAGUUGUUUUUAGAGUGUUUUAAGAUUCUGAUUUAAAUAUAUCUUCAAUCUUCCAAUAAAAACUUAAUAAAACAACAGUAGAUGAUGAUGUGAUGACUACAUAUUCAUAGAUUUCACAUGCAAAGAAAUAAAAUAAAAAGGAUUUAAUAAGAAGGAUAUAUGAAAAAGAAAAAUGGCCUAAAAGUAAAAAAGAAUCUAUUGAAGAAAUGGAAUAAUCUCUAUUUGGAUCAGAUGAAGAACCUUAAACUUUUUGUACACAAUAACCAAAUCAAGAAAGGAUAUCUGGUUAGUUUAUUUAAUCUUAAUGA